GGACGUUUUCUGUGAUGGGCAGAACCCAGACCAGAGCGAAGGCAACUCAGGAUGCCUUAUGCAAAGGAAAAUCCUAAUAUGGCCUUGCCCGUUAAAAAGGAAGAUGGAUUCGAGGUAUCCUUGUCAAGGAAGGAGAGUAUAUCUCUUCCUGGUGGGGCGCAUUGAUGGGCGUGGGUAUGUUCACUUGGAUCGAGUCCGGCUUUAAUGACGAGGAAGAUUGUGCGAUUGUGAGGGUGACGCUGUACGCCUCGCCAUCAUUCUGGGUCUUGCAUGGGAUAGAGUUGGCACUUGGGCAUGAAAGCCUACUCGCGAAACCCUUGAGAGUAGCUGAGGCAGCCACCGCAAAAUGGGCAAGAGGCAGGGUACAGGAAAGGGAAGAGCAGGUGGUGACCCAGGUAGAGGUCAAACACGCGAAAGAGUUUGCACUUCCCUCAACCCCAUUACGAGUUACCCUGUCGGAGAUCUUAGUAGAAGAAAGUUUUGGGGGACAGGCAAGAGUGGAAGCCGCUGCAGAAACUGCUGUGAAGGCACGCGAAUGGGGGUAUAUGCGAUACACGUGCAAAUUGAUAUAUGGCUUGUACCUAGAUCAAAGUUUUUUGCCCGGUCGCCAAGGACUCAGGAGCGUGGCCAAGGUGGUUGAUGCGUAUGCAAGCUCCCAUGAUCCCGAUGGGGAGGCUGUAGACUGGGAUGAGGUUCGUGCAGCAGCUGGCCGUCUCAUGAAGAGGUGGAACGAGAAGGCGAUGAGGAGCAUGUUGCCACAGUUUGUCUGCGAAGAGCUGAGUGAGGAGAUGUAUACCCUUAUGCUGAAGUCGCAGACAAGGGACGAGCUGGAAAGUUCUCUAAAGUCGAGAUUUCCAGAGGAUGGAGCGGAAGGCCAGCUUGGUGGAGGCCUUGAGCAACCAACUGGGGUUGCGUCAACACAAGAAGAGUUGAGCGGUAUACAGAGGCAAGUGGGGAUGUUAGAAGAAAGGUUGACGCGAUUGGAAGAAGCCAGGCAUGGCAAGAGGAAGGCCUCUGAAGGAGCAUCGAGUGGGCCGGCUGGGCAGGGUGAGGCAGAGGCAAGGGAAAAUCAUCAGAAGUUACUCCUCCACACGGUAACCUCGAAGGGGCGAGCCGAUGCCCCGGAAAGUGGCGAAGGCGAGGGAUUCAUUGAGAUAAAGGAGGAGCGGGAAUCUAGUAUGGUCUUGCCUGGCAUUGCGCUUGAUCCGAAGAGAGGUCUCAUCAACGUGGAAACAUCCUCAGCUGCGAGUCGGAAGGGGCAGAGGAGUGAGUGGUGGCUAGAGCACUGGGCAAGGGUGGUAUGUGAUCGUUGGGGAAAGAUUGGCCGUACCCCUCAAGGAAGUAAAGAAAAGGGUAUGACGGGAAAAAAAGGGAAGCCUGAACCUCCCAAGCUGACUAAGGCUCAGCGGAAGGCGAGGAAUCGGGCCCAGGGGAGCCAAGGUACCGGGAAGGGGCAGGACCCGCGACAGGGAGGGGCCACCCCGCAAGAAUUGGGAGGCAAGCCAGCAUAGGCGGGGCCUCCGCCGGCUGAGCGGGCAUUAUACGGGCCGUGGACACCAUAUGGUCAAGUGGGA